AUGCCUGAAGUUACUGUUGAGGCACCGAAGAAGGUGGAGGAGGUCGUCCCCGUCCCCGUCGUCGCGCCAGCUACCCCCGAAAAACCCGCCGCACCCAUCUCUGCAACCGAACCCCCCAAGCCCAUCACCGACUCCAAACCCGCUGCCCCAAAAAUCGCUUCUUCUGGCUCCAAAGCCACCUCCGACAAAUGCACCGUCUCCCACGACGGCAAAAAACCUAUCAUCCAAUACGCCCUCAUGAUCGACGCCGGCUCAACCGGCUCCCGCAUCCACGUCUACCGCUUCAACAACUGCGGCCCAACCCCCGUCCUCGAACACGAAGACUUCAAAAUGAUCAACCCUGGCCUUUCCGCUUUCGGUAAGGGGGCUAGUGUUGAUGCAGAAGGUGCAGCGAGGAGUUUGGAUCCGUUGUUGGAGGUUGCGAUGGAGAGUGUGCCGGAGGAGUUGAGGGGGUGUACGCCUGUUGCUGUUAAGGCUACGGCUGGGUUGAGGUUGUUGGGGGAGGAGAAGAGUGGGGUUAUUCUUGAUGCUGUGAGGAAGCAUUUGGAGACGAAGUAUCCUUUCCCGAUCCUCGCGAAAGAUGGGAUCGUUAUCAUGGAUGGAUCGGAUGAGGGUGUUUAUGCUUGGAUCACCACCAACUACUUGCUUGGAAAGAUUGGAUCGAAGGAGGAGAGCCCUACUGCUGCGAUCUUUGAUUUGGGGGGUGGGAGUACGCAGAUUGUGUUUGAGCCCACUUUCUCUUCUGUCGAUGGUGGCAUGCCCGAAAAAUUGCAGGAGGGUGAUCAUAAAUACGAACUCACAUUCGGUGGCCGCAAGUUUGAGCUCUACCAGCACUCGCACUUGGGAUACGGCUUGAUGGAGGCUCGGGAUGCGAUCCAUCGUCUCGUGGUCAAAGCAUUCAAGGAAAAACACGCUCAAGAGGAAAACUGGGCUAGCUUGCCCAUCAUCAACCCUUGCCUCGCACCCAAAACCUCAAAAGAAAUCAACCUCGACAUCGACCGCUCCGGAACGGUGACAACCCUCAAAAUGAUCGGUCCAGACGAGGAUUCGGCAUCUCAGUGUCGUUACCUCGCCGAACAAAUCCUCAAUAAGAGCGCGGACUGCACGCUUGCCCCGUGCUCAUUUAAUGGAAUCCAUCAACCAUCGUUGGCAAAGACUUUCGCAAACGAAGACGUAUUCAUCUUUUCCUACUUUUACGACCGUACCGCACCACUCGGGAUGCCCUCCUCCUUCACCCUCUCCGAACUCCGCGCGCUCACGAAAAAAGUCUGCGGUGGUACCGCUCACUACUCCUCCUUCGAAUCCAUCCCGGGCGCGUUGGAGGAGUUGGCGGAUCGACCAGAGUGGUGUCUUGAUUUGAGUUUCGUGGAGGCGUUGUUAGAGAUUGGGUAUGAGAUGCCGUUGGAGAGGGAGGUUAGGAUCGCGAAGAAGAUUGGGGGGAAUGAGUUGGGGUGGUGUCUUGGGGCGAGCUUGCCGAUGCUUGAGGGGGGGUGGGAGUGUAAGAAGAUUCAGUAG